UGUACAUGAAUGUUGUGAUGCAAGCUGAAUGAAAUCGUCUUAAAAUGUUUCAUUCCAAUCUUUUUAUCAAUUAACAUUUUAUAAUUUCACAACCAACUGAUCAUAAAGCUAGCAUGUAUGAUUAAUAGCUAUUGGUGAUAUAAAGUUAACGCUGAAAUUUUGCGUUAACUUGUAAUAUUUUUAUAUUUCUACCAAAAUUCGUCUGUAUCACACAGACGAUUAUUAGAAUUAUUUGGAGUGGAACUAAGGGAUGUGUCUUUUCAGAAGAUUGAGCGAGCUGUUUUAUCGAUAUGUCCUUGAUCCGCUAGGAUUCUAUGUGCCACGUCUCAGCCGAGCAGAAAAACUCCUUCCAGAAGAGAUUAGGCUCAAAUGGGAAAGAGAACAAGAGGCGCUGAAGGAGAGGCUAGUUCUGGAGGACACAGAAGAUCUCAAAGUGAUGGCCACACUUGGACCAGAAGACACAGAUCUGAUCAAGCAGUUCUACAUUGCCGGUGUCGAUAUUUCGUUUAUCAAGGGUGACGAUGUGAACGCAUGUGCUGCCCUGGUAAUUCUUUCCUAUCCACAGCUUGAGGUUGCCUACAAUGAUUGCCAGAUGGUAAAACUAACUGCUCCAUACAUUCCUGGCUUUCUUGGAUUCCGGGAAGUUCCCAUGAUUCAGAAACUGUUUGAUCAGCUGAAAAGAGAACGUCCAGAUCUAGUUCCACAUUGUGUAAUGGUGGAUGGAAACGGGAUACUGCAUCCCAAAGAGUUUGGAUCAGCAUGUCAUCUGGGUGUAAGCCUUGGGCUGCCUUGUAUUGGAGUGGCAAAGAAACUCUUCCACGUUGAUGGCUUGGAGAAAGAUGCCAGCCAUAAAGAAAAAAUAGACAAACUUGAAAAGGGUGGAGAUACAUUUCCGCUGGUCGGAAAUUCUGGCAAAACUCUUGGAAUGGCUCUCAGAAGCUGUGACACUACCAAGAACCCCAUCUACAUCUCUCAAGGACAUCUGGUUUCCAUGGAUACGUCUGUUAGACUGGUUCAACAUUGUUGUCGCCACAGAGUGCCUGAACCUGUUAGACUGGCUGACAUCAAUUCAAGAGAAUAUCUGCGGACAUUGGAUGAUUUCGUAAAUGGACCUACGUCAUCGUAGCAAGGUCUUGGUCAUUGUCAGGAUAAGAAGUUUUUAACUUGCUCUACCAAAUAUCAAGGAUUCAUCAAGGCCAUCGGCCUGCUCUACAGAAUAUCAAGGAUUCAUCAAGGCCAUCGGCCUGCUCUACAGAAUAUCAAGGAUUCAUCAAGGCCAUCGGCCUGCUCUACCAAAUAUCAAGGAUUCGUCAAGGCCAUCAGCUUGCUCUACCAAAUAUCAAGGAUUCAUCAAGGCCAUCAGCUUGCUCUACCAAAUAUCAAGGAUUCAUCAAGGCCAUCAGCUUGCUCUACCGAAUAUCAAGGAUUCAUCAAGGCCAUCAGCUUGCUCUACCGAAUAUCAAGGAUUCAUCAAGGCCAUCAGCUUGCUCUACCAAAUAUCAAGGAUUCAUCAAGGCCAUCAGCUGGCUCUACCAAAUAUCAAGGAUUCAUCAAGGCCAUUAGCUUGCUCUACCAAAUAUCAAGGAUUCAUCAAGGCCAUCUGCUUGCUCUACCAAAUAUCAAGGAUUCAUCAAGGCCAUCAGCUUGCUCUACCAAAUAUCAAGGAUUCAUCAAGGCCAUCUGCUUGCUCUACCGAAUAUCAAGGAUUCAUCAAGGCCAUCUGCUUGCUCUACCGAAUAUCAAGGAUUCAUCAAGGCCAGCAAAGCUGGUUUACAGAUCUCAGCCAUCGUCGGAACAAACACAAGUUAAUAUUGGCUCGCUCUACUGUCUUAAAUAGAGUGGUUUCCGAAGAUGGAUUUUCGGCAGCAUAGCUAGUAAACAGAUCUCAGCCAUUGUCCGAACUAACGCAAGUUAAUGAUUGUGUUACAUAAAUAGACUGGUUACCGAAGAUGGAUUUAAGCCAGCAAAGCUGGUAAACAGAUCUCAGUCAUCGUCAUUCGAACUAACACAAGUUAAUAUUGGCUCACUCUACUGCCUUGAAUAGACUGGUUACUGAUGAUGGAUUUUAGCCAGCAUGGCUGUAAAUGCCCAUUUCAAUAAGAUAUCUUUGUCAUAACAUCGCUCAGGAAUACUAGUAAAGUUAUGGGCAUAAUCUAUGCAAUAAAUGUUCUAAUGAUACUUUUAUUGAAAGCAGAUGAAGAAAAAAAUGGAGAUAAGUCUAGAAUAUAAUAGCCUGAAGCCUAUCAAGUAAUAGAUACUGUACAAGUUUUUCUUCAAAAGUGUCCUCUUACAGACGUAAGAAGCCUUUUUGCUAGGCCGAACACGAAGCCAAGGAUAAAUUUGGUGUUCGUUCUAGCAGUAUGGAUUUUUACGUCAGUAAGAGGACACUUUUGAAGAAAAAACGAGUAGCUGUAUCUGACUUAUACAACGAUAAGUGUAUUUUAUAUAUCAGUGAUAAAAUAUAUGCAUUAAUAAAAGAAUAAAUACAGAUUUAUAAAUUAGAUAAAUAGAAAUAUUUUUCCGAAAGAUAGACAUUAGAUUAUUAUCAUGGCCUUUCUAAAUAACGUAUGGGCUAGUGGGAUUCCAAAUUCUCGUGCAUGGUCUGCUUACAACCGUAAGAAGACACUUUUUCAAUAGCUCUGCUGGGGGUUAUAUUCAUAUAAUUUAUAUUGAACCAGGGCCAAGAAAAGAGACAAUGAAACAUAUCAUGAUAUAUACUGUAACUGUGAUACCUCUUUUAAUGUAUACUGUAAAAUCAUUCAUAUUUAUGGAACAUUAAGCGGUCAUUUAAUGGGAUUUAUCCACGAUUUUAAGAUCCCAACGAAAAUUGAACCUUUAAUUUUCAAACUCUGCUACCUUUGUUGAAGGGUAUACAUAUUUUCAGUAUGUAAAAAGGCUUAAUUGAAAUUUAAUGUCUUCACUGUUUUAUAUCCAUCAUAUGGGUGUAUAUUUAUUUAUGACCUUUAAUUUACCAAUCAAGCGAUAAUUGACAUACGGUUUGGUUGAUUUUGAGAAUUGGACAUAGCUUCUUCAUUUUUUGUUGAAUUGAUUUCAAAUUUUUUCACAGACAGGAAAUGGAUAAUGCACUUUAAGUCACACAUUUGGAAGGGAAGGGGGAGGGUGGGGGAUAUUUUAGUAUUUUUGGACUUGUUAUUUUUAGCUAGUCUGAUUUUUUAAGUUUUGUGCUUGGAUCACUUACUUGCAAACUAUCAAAGCUAUCAAUUUCAAACUUUGGAAUAUCUGCUCACUAUCAAAUGUAUGAAAAAGGAUAAAAUCAGACGUGCGUUCAGCAGCCGCAGGCGGUGCUCUUGUUAAAUAAAACAUUCAUAUGUACAGCAGUUUGGCUGGAAUUUAUAAAUACUUUGCUUGGUGGCACCUUAACAUCUGUGAUGUGAUCUCUGUAUAAAAUCAACAUUUUUAAAUUAAACAUUUUUAUGUAGGGUAGUUAUGCCGGAAUUAAUUAAUACUUUGCUUGGCCUCACCUCAACACCUGUGACAUCUGUUUGUAUUCAACUUAAUAAAUAAAAUCAACACAUAUUUAAAUGGAUUCAAUAUAUUCUGUUUUUCAGAUAGUAUGUAAUUAUCAACGUGGGUCAUAGUCCUAUUUAUCUUUGUAUCGAAUGAUUUUGAUGGAAGACAUUAUUUUUGUAUUGUGAAAGUUGUAUUUUUGCAAUAAUUGUCUGUGAUACAUUUUAAUAAAUGUUAAAUCUUUA